CAGAAAUUGAACAACUAGGUCAAAUUACGACAUUAGAGAAACCCACUUCCGGGCACACGUCACAACCAAAAUGGAGGACGAAAAUGACACAAGUUGGAUUCCAGAGCUUGAGACAGCUCUACUGGAAGGCUGUGAUUUUGGACGUGUUAAAAGUAUCUGUAAUGGCCGCCUAUUUCCCGACCACUUGCGACAAGAAAUUUGGCAGAUAUGCCUUGGUGUUGUUGGCAAGGGAGACAGCCUUUCAGAAUUUGAUGGUCUUUAUGACAUGUCUGAACAAGGCCAAGUGAGAGAAGACUGUCAAAGUCUCGUUGAUAGAAUUGGUAAUGAGGAAGAAGAAAAAGUUGCAAUUGUGAGUGACCUUGAGACAAUACUAACUCUGUAUUGUAAAUCCCGUGGAGCAAAAUACGGAAGCAAAAAUGGCUGGUUGGAGAUACUCCAGCCAAUGUUGGCACUAAAAUUGUCCCGCAGUGAUCUGUACAAUUGCUUUUAUGCCAUUCUUACAAGAUUCAUCCCAAGAGAGUGCCACAAAAACGGCAAACCAUUCCAUUUAUUCCGACUACUUUUACUCUACCAUGAUCCUGAGUUGUGUUCGUUCCUCGACACUAAACGUAUCACACCUGAUUUGUAUGCACUAAGCUGGUUUCAAACAUUAUUUGCAUCAACCUGUGAUCUGGAGGUGACGCAUAAGAUGUGGGAUGUUUACCUUCUUCAUUCAGACCCCUUCCUCAUGUUCUUCCUAGCGCUGGUUCUAGUCGUUAAUGCCAAAGAACAAGUGAUGGCCAUGGAAGAUGACAGUAAACAACAAAUAAUAGAAACGUUGCGUGCUGUUCCCGCUGCACUUGAGAGUGAGGACAUCGAGGAUUUUUGCUCUUUGGCCCAGUAUUAUUCCUCAAAAACACCACAGUCAUUUAGAAGGGACUAUCAAGGCCCGCUGUUUGGAUUGAGUAUUAAGGCACAGAAGGACGAUGAUCCAGCACAAGAUCAGGUUUCCCAGGCUCUCUGUCUCCCUGUCUCUGUAGCUGAACUACUGCAGUCUAAUACUAAUCAAGGAUCCGAUGGUGUGCGCUAUUUUGUUGUUGACUGUCGACCAGCUGAACAAUAUAACAGUGGACACCUUCCUACGGCAUUUCACCUUGAUGCAAAUUUGAUGUUACAAAACCCCACAGAGUUUGGUACUGCAGUGCAGGCAUUGUGUACCACACAGAAGCAGGCAAUUGCUGCAGGUUCAGUGGCUGGGGGAGAACAUCUAUGCUUUAUGGGGAGUGGGAGAGAGGAAGAAGAUCAAUAUGUCAAUAUGGUGGUUGCUAACUUCUUACAGAAGAACUCUCAAUAUGUCAGUGUAGCUAGGGGAGGGUACUCUGCUUUACACCACGCACUGAGAGAACAAUUGAGUCAAGGUCUAUUGGAUCAUCAUGCCAAGACAUGUAUUAUGUGUAACCCAGAGACUGCUUUGGCCAGUGGCGGGAAUGAGACUGACACUAGCGAAGACUUUCACCCGUUGGAGAAGGUAUUAAGCGACCUCAAGAUGCAGGGUGAUUCGUUCUUUGACAAGAUGUCUAGUGUUGUGAAAACCAAAGGUGCUACAAUGAAGGAAAAGAUGGUGAAAUACAUAAAGAAUGAACACAAUAUUCAAGCAGAGAGACAUGUAAGCAACAGGGAUGUAGGCAAACCUUAUAGGGGCUCAGCCUCAGUGUUCUCUAUAGGAGAUGAUGAAGAUGAUGAAGUGAAUGCAGCAUCCUCUGAUGAGGAAGCGAGGGAAGUCGUAAAUAUUGACACUUGGUUGAAUAAACCUGAUGUCACUCAUGCCUUCGACUGCCAGGAGGUCCAGGAGAAUGGCUACUUGUGGAAGAGUCAUCUAUUAGUUACAAAGACCCAUAUGUUCAUAUUACGAGAAAUCCCGAACAAAAAGGGAAUGGCCUGGAUCAAGGCACGCAGAGCUCUAGGCAGUAUAGUCAAAAUCACAUCGAAAAAGCGCCAUCCUGAAUUAAUAACUUUUAAAUAUGGAACAAAUGAAGAUGAUGGACUCCACAUUACGAGCAUAGAUAGGUUUUUAAUUAGGAAGGCCGGAGAGGCAACUAAAGUGAUAAAGACUCAAAUAAUGAAAGUGUUGGAUGCCCUAGAAAGCUAGCAUCUUGUUGAAAUUAUACAGCAGUGAUGAGGUGUGUCCUUCAAAGAAUGUCUCGGUGGAUUGGUGGGCAGGAUUUUUUGAAACUGAUUCAUGAUAAUGUGUCCACAGAACAGUAUUUUGCACUGCCCCUCAAAAAUUGGACUUGGAAAUUGACUCGAACUGGUUUAAUAUGAGGCCGGAUCAGCUAAAAAAAUUACAUGUAAAAUUCUAUGUUGAUCUUUUCAAAUAAAAUGUCUGAGAGCUAAACAGACUGCAUGACUCCGGUCCCCAUGACAUUUUCUGAUUGGUUAAAAUAAUGCAAUAUUGUACAUGUUAAUGGAUAUAAGGGUUGCGAUCAAACUCUUGUUUAAUUAAACAUGUUAUUAUUAUUUAUUAUAUAAUGUAUAUUAGAAAAAUUAUAUUAAGAACAAUUGUAUUUUGGCGAUUUCUAGUGAACAAUAGUAUUAGUUUAUUUAGAAAUGAUGGAAAAGGCUAAAUGGUUUGAGAAUUGUUUUUGAACAACUAAACUAGCAUUGGAGAGAGAUGGAGAUAAUUUAGUUUAUUAUUACAUGAAUCAAAAAUGCAUAUGGAGUUAUUCAUAACCACAUAUUGUUACAUGUCCAGUAUUUGAUUGCCUGUGACCAAAUACUCAUACUUGCAAAGUUGCACCCAUCGUUUUCUAAAAAGGGUAAUCAAAGG